AUGGAGGGGAAAACUGAAGCUUGUGGCCUUGUCAUCGAGAAAGACGAUGAAGCUCAUUCGAGUGAGCUGCUCUCCGUUCUAGUUGAGAAGGGAACUAUUGGUCUCACUCCACGCAUCCCCUCUUCUGAGAUGAGAGUCAGAAACAUCACUACUAUAUCCAGCAGAGCUUCCACCAAACAGAAGGUGACAAAUGAUCAGCCUUCCAAUGGCAAGAAAACCACACAAUCCACCUGUGGCAACGGGCAGGAUGCAAAUGACAUUGGUCCAACCAUGGUUGUGGAUAGACAACUUGGUGAAGAUACUCAAGAUAUACAAGAAGCAACCAGCCCAGCAGCUUCAAGCCUUGCUAGAGGAGGGGAUAUUGAGCAUCUACCAGGAGCUUUUGCUUCUGUCCCUGGAAGCUCACACGUUCGACAGGAUGCUGUUCAAUUUUCUCUCAUGGGCAGAGAACAAAAUGCUAGUGAUUGCAGCCAUGCUUCCUCCAUUGCUGGGAACAACCAGGAACAGCAUGGACUUUCAGAAGCCUUUCCUGUGGAUGAUAUUGAGGCAGCCAAUCUGCCCGGGGCCGUUCCUGUGGAUCAUGCUGCAGAAGAGGCUAAGAAACUCAAUAGAGACUGGCAGCUAAAAAAACUUGGCCUCUUGGGACUUCUUGGGAUUUUGCUCGUGGUUUCUCUCACCACUGUUUUAUCCUCAACCUUGUCUGGAAAGGAAACUGUUGUCAAUGACCUAAUCGACGUGCCAGCAACCCAGGUGCCAACAGACCCUCCCUCUCAUACAACCUUGUCACCAUCUCCUGCAUCAACAUUUCUCAUUCCAAACGAUAUGCUUCUGAGCACCACCACCAGUUCAGCUUUGCUGAACCCUCUGUCACCUCAAAGCAAGGCUUUUUUGUGGUUGUUGGAUCACCCUGAUGUGAAAACCAUGGAAAUGUGGAGGAAGGUGCAGCUAUUUGCAUUGGCAACCUUCUUCUAUAGUUUUCAUGGGGAAGACUGGUUGGAUGUUGUCAGGACAGACUUCGUGGCUUAUGGCAAGUCAGAGUGUGACUGGUACUCUCGUAUUUAUGGUAGCUUGUUGUACCAUUUUGGGGAACAGAAGUAUAUCAUGACUGAAAGGAAGACAAAUGAAACAACUUGCAACAGUAUGGGGAAUUUCACCAGGCUUAAUUUGCAAUUUCCCCGAAGCAUGCACAAACCUCACACUUCAAUGCCACCAGAGAUUGCUCUGUUGCCAGAGCUUGAAGAGAUUUCCCUGAGCUCGAUUGUAUUCAAUAAUCCCAUGUCAGCAGCAGUCAUCCCUGAAAUGAAGCAGCUAACAAAGCUCCACACAGUAAAGCUUGCAAAGAACGAAAUAUCGGGACCAAUUCCAGACUCACUUUUUGAGAUUUUGCCUUCCAAUACACUUGAGGAGCUUUCACUGAAUGAGCCAGGCCUGUCAGGGACAAUCCCCAGCAGAAUCAAUGAGUUUUCAAACCUCAAAACACUGAUGUUGUCUGGGAACCUCACAGGAACCAUCCCAUCAGAAAUAGGAUCCCUUUCAUUGAUGAAAUCUCUAACUCUUUCCCGGAAUAGCCAUCUCAAUGGCACCAUACCCACAAAACUUUUUGAACUGUCCAAAAUGUGUACUCUCAAGUUGCAGAAGACAAGCUUGAGUGGAACUCUCUCAUCUGAUGUUGCAGAGUUGAGCAGAUUGAGCGAGCUUCAGAUUGAUGAGGCUAAACUAUCAGGGUCCAUUCCAAGUUCUCUUGCUGAUAUGACAGGUUUGAGAAUUCUUACCUUGGCUGACAAUGAAUUGACGGGCCCUCUUCCCCCACUCAAUCCAAUAUCUCCCUUUGAACAAAUACGUUUGUCAUACAACCAGUUCACUGGAUCUAUACCAACGUCCUGGUUUGACAAUGAAAAUGUCGCUGAAUCUAUGUAUUCACUUGAGUUGGACGAAAACCUCCUAACAGGAAAGAUACCAGAAGGCAUCUGGUCACUCACCAAGCUUCGCACCCUUGUUCUUGCCAACAACCUUGCACUCACUGGACAGAUCUCCAGCCAACAGAAUUACAUUUCUUCACAGCUAAGGAUCAUCUCACUGAGCAACAAUGAAUUUUAUGGAUCAAUCCCAUUUGGUAAAAUGCAGAAUAGCAAUGGGACAUUGACUAGACUGCUGCUAGAUGGGAACUACUUCUCUGGAAAUGUCUCCAGUGAGGUUGGUUUCCUGACAAGGCUGGCUGAUUUACGUUUGUCAAACAACCUAGAGCUAUCAGGGACCAUCCCUACUGAAAUCUCUCUUUGCUCAAGCUUGAGAUAUCUUCACAUCAACAACACUGGUAUCUCUGGCUCCAUUCCAUCUGAGCUGGGUUUAUUGUCCUGGCUGGAGUUGCUCUCUCUUCAUGACACCAAAUUGUCUGGCAUUGUUCCAGGGGAGGUUUGCAUGUUGAAAGAGGAGGGCAGUCUUCGUGAAUUACACAUCAACUGCACAGCUGUUACAUGCACCUGCAAUUGUACCUGCUCCUAG